UCAGAAUUCUGUUAUUUAUCAUGGGGAAAAAAACAUAGGUUUGAACACAUUGAUUUAUUCUUACAGCAAAUGACCUUCUACUUUGGCUACAAAAAUGUGGAGCUGCUAUUCGCUGGGCUGGUCAUCAACACUCCAGGAGGAAUGGUAGGCGCAUGCAUUGCUGUGUUCCUGCUGGCUGUGUUCUACGAGGGAUUAAAGAUCGGCCGUGAGUUCCUAUUGAGAAGGAAUCAGGUGAACGUGCGUUACAACUCCAUGCCUGUCCCAGGAGCUGAUGGCACUGUGCUCAUGGAGACACAUAAAACAGUCGGACAGCGAAUGCUGAGUCUCGCGCACUUCUUCCAGACGUUUCUUCACAUCAUCCAAGUGGUGGUCAGUUACUUCCUCAUGCUGGUGUUCAUGACGUACAACGGGUACCUGUGCAUCGCUGUGGCGGCAGGCGCCGGCUUCGGCUACUUCCUGUUCAGCUGGAAGAAGGCAGUGGUGGUGGAUAUUACAGAACACUGUCAUUAACCUCUCUUGUAUAUAACCUCAAAAAACACCCACUUCACAAUCCCAACAUGCACCGCGACUCUAUAUGUGUAGAGCACUAUAUGAUUUCUUUAAUCUCCGUAAAUCUCAACCAAGUGGCUCUAUUCAUUUUAAAGCUCUAAAGCUCUCG